AUUAAAAUUAUAUAUACACAGAUCAUAUAUUUAAAAUAUAUUUAAACGGCAAGAAAUCUAAUUUUUUGAAAAUCCCUCUCAAUUUUGUUUAAGAAAAACUUUUCAAAACAAACAGUGUGUGAAAAAUGGCAAUGGUUAAUAUGAAUAAUUUAUUGAAUGGUAAGGACUCACGUUGGCUACAAUUAGAAGUAUGCCGCGAGUUCCAACGACAGAAGUGUUCCAGACCAGACACCGAAUGUAAAUUUGCACAUCCACCAGCAAAUGUUGAAGUUCAAAAUGGCCGUGUAACUGCUUGUUACGACAGUAUUAAGGGUCGAUGUAAUCGAGAAAAACCACCGUGUAAGUACUUCCAUCCGCCACAACAUUUAAAGGAUCAACUUCUGAUCAAUGGACGAAAUCAUCUUGCUUUGAAAAAUGCUCUUAUGCAACAGAUGGGGCUAACCCCUGGCCAACCAUUGGUGCCUGGACAAGUACCCGCAGUGAUGGACGCCUCGUUGUCGCUCGCGGCAUUGACAGCCCCAAUGACCCCGCCACUGACCCUUGGUCAACAGUAUGCACUUAUGGCGACUAAUCCGUACCUGAGUAUGCCGCAAGUGGGCAGCACGUAUACCCCAUAUUUUGCUCCUGGGCCAAUAAUGCCUACUUUAAUGGGUCCAGAUCCGUCAGGUGUUGCUUCACAAUUAAGUGUCGUACCACAAACAGUUGUUGCGCAGCAGAAAAUGCCACGAUCAGAUCGAUUAGAGGUGUGCCGUGAGUACCAGCGCGGGGCGUGUAAGCGCGCAGAGUCUGAGUGCCGCUUUGCGCAUCCCGCAGACACUGUGACGGCCAACGAGGACGGCACUGUCACGGUCUGCAUGGACGCAGUCAAGGGGCGCUGCAACCGCGACCCUUGCCGCUAUUUCCAUCCUCCUCUGCACCUCCAAGCCCAUAUCAAGGCCGCACAGUCUCGGGCUAGCGCGCCCGCCGCAGUGUCACCCCUGCAAGCUGCCGCAGGAGGGGCCCCUCUGGGUCACGCACCACCCCCCACUGCCCCCUUGGAGCUCGGCAAGAAGCGGGCCCGAGAUCCUAGCACUGCAGAUACAGAAUUAUUACUGAUGGAUAUGAAGUCAGUUGGAUCGUUCUACUAUGAGAACUUUGCCUUCCCGGGUAUGGUUCCCUAUAAACGACCUGCAGCAGAUAAAUCAGGCAUGCCUGUAUAUCAACCAAGCGCUACCACCUAUCAACAAUUGAUGCAACUACAGCAGCCCUUCGUGCCCGUGUCAUGUGAGUACACCACCCCGCCCCCUUCAUCCACGCAACAUCAGCAACAACAACAAACACCCGCUAGUUCCUCAACAACAGCCCCAAUAACUAGUGUGGCUGUAUCCAAUUCACAACCUAAUGUAAUCCCAUCCCAUGCAAAUUCUGAACAACAUAACAAUCAAUCCCAACAAAAUGCUCCGUUAGCCCAUAUCACACGCGUCACACAACAGCACAAUAACACGUUACUAGGCGCAAAUAACUCGAUUUCUGCUUCGGCAGUCGUAACAAACCAUAACAAUAACAAAACGCAGAAAGAUGAUAAUGAUGGUGAAAUUGUAAAUAAUAUACAACAAACACCAACGGUUUCUGUACCACAAGCUCCUCCGCCAACUAUGCCACCGCCGCCUAUAAUGGCUGACGCUGCUGCUAUCGCUAAAGAAGUCGCACAACAAAAUUAUGCUAAAAAAUUGGCACAAGUUAAUAAUAACCAAUUAGUUAUGAAUCCCUUAGCCGCUUUAAACUAUACAGGAGUUGCUUUAAAUAAACAAACCAUGGCCGCAGCCUCAUUACCACCCCCACCACAAGUUCCACGUUACACACAUCAUCAUCAUAUGCCAUACACAACUAUGCCACAAUUAGUUCAUGCAGCGAGUUUCCAACCCAGUAUUGGUUUAGCUGGUUCGCCAUUCCCAUGUACUGUUACCGGCACACAACAAGGCCUAUUACAAUAUUCAAGGCCUCCUCCUACAAUGAAUAUGGUAAAUCCAUAUUCGUUUUUACGGCAACAUAUACCAAUGGCUGGUAACCCGUAUUCACAGGCUGUUGCUGCACAAGCUAGCGCGGCUCAAGCUGCGGCUAUACAGCAAACCUUAAUUAAUCAAAGUAUACUCGCAUCGCAGCUUCCGCCAUAUUCAUUGGCAAAUAGUGCACCGGCAACACCAACACCUGCUGCUGCGACAUUAGCUGCUGCCGCGCAAUCAAAUAAUAACAAUAUUGUAAUGCAACCAUAUAAGAAAAUGAAAACCACGUAAAUGAAGUUGUUCCCAAUACAGUUCACGGACUUAAUUUUUUUUAAAGGGAAGUACAUUGUCCGUCUCGCAUCGCUUUGUUAAGUAAGGCUACCUCAUUAUAUUUGCCAUUAGGAAACAACAAAUCACGCUAAUUUCCAUAUUCGGAAUAUAAAACGUCGUAAUUAUGUUUUAUUACGAGAUUUAAUUUUUAAUUAUUUUUACCAUAAUUUGUUCGGAAAGUAAACCCUAUCUUUUCCAAAUAUAACGGAAAGUUGUGUCUUUCUAGUCAAAAUUUUUAAUCAUUGUUUAAAAAAAAAUGUAAUUUACAAGGGGCGAUGAUAUAUACCGCGCAGAUCUCAUAUAAGGACCAAGUGAGUGCCUGGCGUUAGCUGUGACAUCCGAACAUCAGCUGUGACUGUGAUACUCCUUCAUUUCUAUCAAACGUUUCUAUCCCACAAAUACACAAAAUUGCAAAAGUCUUCUUUUUUUGUUCCUUACUUUUAACGAUGCACUUUUUGGCUAAAUUAUUAGUUAAACAAACAAUUUUUACAAAUUAUUACUAACCAUAAAACAAAACCUUUGUUUGUCUUAACCAAAAAAACACUCGACAACACUUUUACAAUAAUCCAACAAUUUUCCUGUUGCUCUUCAUUUUUUUUUUUUUUGCUAUCC